AUGCCACAGGAGAUAUCACUAAGUCUCGAAGAGACAAACAAGAUACGAGCAAAGCUUGGACUACAACCUAUUAAAGAGCAACCCAAAUCUCACAAUAAUGUUAUCGAAAUAACACUUGAGGAAACCAAUAAAAUUCGACUUUCAUUGGGAUUGAAUCCGAUUCCCGCGAAGGCUGCACCAAAUACAGCAUCAAAGGCAGUCGAGUCUAUACCAGACAAGGUAACUAACGACGAACUACUAUCCCAGAAACUUGCAAAAGCGAAGGUUGCUUCUGAAAAACGUAAAUUGUUGGGAACAACUCAAGGGGAUGACGACGAUAACGAUGAUGAGAUAGACACUGAUGACUGGCUACUCAACGUUGGAAACACGCAAUCCGCCAAGAAGCAAAAAAUUGAAACGGCACCGGCCAAGAAACAUUCUAAUUCAGUAAAUGCUCAUAUUGGACAUAGUGCAAAAGAAUUGCAAACAUUGCGAAAUAAUGACAUUUUGACAUUACAAGAUACGGAUAUAUUAGAAGACGAUGAUGCUGAUGAUGUUCUUAUUAACGAAGCGCUAUCUGCUAAUGCAAAGGUACGGAAGAAUUUGGACGAAAGAAAAGAGGCAGAAAUGAUAAAAUUCAAUGGACGUCAUUAUAAGCGAAACCGCGAUGAUGAAGACCCUGGGCAAGAUGAGUUGGAGAAUGGUAUGAUGAAAAAGCCAGUUGUAAUUAACAACUCCAGCAUCGACUUAAGACAAUCUGAGUCUACAUCUAACAAAGCUGAAUCAGCACCCCCUAAUACAACAAAGUUUAACAACUUAUUCGAUAACUGGGAAGAUGAACCUACUGACAAGAUAAUCUCAACACCACAAAUUAAGAUGAAAAAACUAAAGAAAAGGAAACCCCUUGAAAGUGCGGCAAAUACAGUCUCUACAACAAGGGUCAAACCUGACGAUUUCGAGCAGUUGCCAAAUCUUGAUGAAGAUGAUUAUGACAACUUGCACGAUAAUUAUAUCUCUACUUCCCAGAGAAUGAAACAGCGCUCAGCAAAACCAAAAAUGACACCCGAAGACAUAGCUUUGGAAAUCGCUCGAAACAAAAAAAUGGCUAUGGAGAGGAAACUUGAAGAAGAGUCAAUGAGACGUCAGUUUCUGGCAGAAACGUUUGAAAAUGUAGAGGAUCUUGAUACUGUUGGGUUUUUGAGUAAUUUGGAAAAAAACAUUUUGGAUAGAGGACUGGAGGUUCUGGAUGAUGACAUUUUCGAUUCAACUAAAAGAGAAGUGAAUGGACGACUCAAUAGCCAUGACACGGCCACUAUUGUGGACAAUAGAAAUGGUUCUUUAGAACUGGAAAAGAAGGAGGAGUCAUUAGGAGAUACAACCAACGAUGAUGCAGUAGUAAAACCUCAGGUGCCAAGAGAUACCAAUGAAGACAACCAUCCCAAAUUUAACACAGGGUUAGCUGAUACAUUAAAAUUUCUUAGAUCAAGAUCCAAUGAGAGCAACUCGCUCCAACAAACUGACAGGUCGUCAACUUCUACCCGUGAAGAAAUUUCCAAAGAAACAGAGCUCUUGAAAUUGAAAAUUGACAUUGAGGAAAGGAUACUUCGACAAGAAUUAACUCAAAACAUGGAGUAUAUGAAGUUAUCCAAAGUAGAUCGAGAAAAAUUUUUUGAAACUGAGUUGGAUAAGAGGUUAGUUGGGAAGGGAAUCGUGGCUGAAGCAGCAGCCAACAAAAGAAGGUUCAAUCAAGGGAAUGGAAGUAUCAAGCUGAUGCAAAAGACGAAUUUGAAUAAAGCUAAGGGCAGCUUUACGACUACUACUGCUACUACUACACAAGGUGCCGAUGGUAAUGACAAGUAUGUUACAUAUAAUCCUAAAGUGGAACUAAAUUACAAGGAUGAUGAAGGGAAAUUGUUGGACACUAAACAAGCAUAUAAGCACUUGUCACACAAGUACCAUGGCAUGACUACCAGUCAAAGGCUAGCCAAGAGCAGGAAAAAGAGGGAAAAGGGUAAAUUUGGCGGGUCUACCAUCAAGGAAGAGAUUGUGGACUAA